AUGGCGUCGUUCCCUCAAAAUAACCGAACAUGGCAGAUCCUCGACGCUGCGGCGAAGGGCAAUUAUGCUGUUGGCGCAUACAACUGUUACAACGACGAUGGUGUCAUAUCGGUAAUCCGUGCAGCCGAGGCCGUCAAGUGCCCGGCGAUCAUCCAGCUCUUCCCUUGGACGGUCAAGUUCCAGGGGCCUCACUUUGUCAGAUACGUGGUCGACGCCGCCCACGCGGCUAGCGUGCCCAUCGCGGUCCACCUGGACCACUGUAUCGAGGAGGCGGAUAUCCGGCAAGCCCUGGAGCUGCCCUUCGACUCCAUCAUGGUCGACGCGUCCGUCCACGACGCCGGGGAGAACAUACGCCAGGUGAAGGAGAUCACAAAGAUUGCGAAUGCGAAAGGCAUUGCCAUCGAGGCCGAAAUGGGACGCAUCGAGGGAGGCGAGGACGGGCUGCCGAGCGUGGAUCUGGAUGCGGUUCUUACCCAGCCGGGGGACGCCAAGAGAUUUAUCGAUGAGACGGGCGUGCAGUUUCUGGCGCCAUCCUUUGGAAACAUCCACGGCGGCUACGGCCCAAAAGGCCCAGAAGGUAUUUGGCGAUGUGAUUUGUUGGAUGAGAUACACGGGCUCAUACCGGAUGUCCCUCUUGUUCUUCAUGGAACGCAUGGAGUCUCCGAUGAGCUGUUCCGCAAGACGAGACAGUAUGGAGUCCUGAAGGUCAACGUGAACCGCACGGUCCGGAGCGACUACACCAAGUUCGUUGCUGAAAACGCCGGAAAGCUGGAGUUGACGGUUCUCAAGGUUCGCGCGGUCGAGAUUUACACGGAGUCCAUCAAACGCGUCAUGCAAGACGUGUUUGAUUCAGCGGGAAAAGCUUGA